UCUCCUCCUAUUUUACUUCAGGACUCUGCGGUUUGUGUCAGAAGAAUCUAAAGACAAAAUUGUUUCUGAUGAAGAAGUCCUUCAAAUGUUACUGAAAACAUUUAGAUCUUUAUUUGUAAAUGAUUUGAACAGACAAAUGUUCCUUUUGAACGUAAUUCCAGAAGUUAAAUCAAAAUAUCCAGAAAUACACUCAGUGCAGUCUAAAACAAUAUCCAAAGCAAUAUACAACAAUCAAGAAAGUCAAAGAGCCCUUAAUCCAGAAGAAGUUAUGUUCAAUACAUUAGGAUUCAGCAUUACUCGACAACCCAGUUCACUGGAUUCGGCUGGAAUAGGAGUCUUUGUAGCAAAAGGGUUUGUUCCAGAAGGAACAGUCGUAUCAAUGUAUCCUGGCACUGUCUAUGAAAAUCAUGAACCCAUAUUUUUUCAAUCCAUUGGCAAUCCAUUUAUAUUUAGGUGUAUAGAUGGUGUACUUAUUGAUGGAAAUAAUAGGGGAAUCUCAAAGGCUAUAUACAGGUCAUGCAGCAAAAGAGAUCAGAUUGGCCCUUUAAAAACGUGUGAUGUCUUUUGGCUUACAACUGCUGUGCAAAAUCCAUUGGCUGUGGGACAGUAUGUUAAUAAUUGUUCAACUGACAAAGAAGCAAACGUAUGCUAUCAGGAAUUCAACAUACCUAAAUGUUUUCCUAUAGAAUUUAAACAGUAUCUUCCAAACAUAAACUACAGCCAUGAAAUAGAGAGGCCGUUGAGAUGUGUGGUUUUGGUAGCUCUCCAAAACAUUGGUCCAGGAGAAGAACUCUUUUCAAACUAUUACACAAUUAUUUCUUGAUGGUCAACUGUGAACUUUUAUGGUAUUUAAACCAAAUGUUUUUUAAAUAUGGUUCAUUGGAGUUCUUUAUGGAUUUGAUUAAAUCUCAGAGUUUUGGAUCUUGGAUAAUAAUGUCUUAUUCAACAUUUGGACCAUAAGUAGCUAUUAACAAUGUAUUGCUUUUUUUUCUUCUUUAUAUCAUGUUAUAUAUUGACCCUUAUAAUUAAUAAUAUAGUAUCCUUUAUCACCUUUAGUUUUAAAUUUUAAAAGUGCUUUGUGCUGUUACAAAUCGUUAAAGUAUUAAAAGUAGAAGGCAACAGAGUAUAAUAUGGUUUUGUAUGCUGACUAUUACCUUAUGAAGUACUGAUACAGCAGACAUUUCUAUUCCUAACCUAACCUAAUUUAAUUAAAAAAAAUUAAUACCUUGCCCAGUUAUUUAUAAACUAGAUUUGAUGCCAUUUGAGUUCUACUAAUAACCUGUUAUGUUUAGGUGCUGGGGUUCAGGUGUUACCCUGGAAUUAUUCUAAUAUCUAGAAAUUUAUUUACAGGCUCCAGGUACAGGAUCUAACAGCUAAAGUACUGCUCAUGAUGUCAAAGCAUAUCAAUAAACUGGCAAAAAGGGCCCUGCUCUCACAAACUGGUGAAAUCUUUUGCUCUGUCACAUAGGUUUUUCUGUUCACUAAAGGACUCAAAUAAUUUGCAUCUUGAAUUCUUCUUAUGCCUCAGUGAAGGAUAUCAGAGUUUCUGAGAUAUUUAAAAUUAUUAAAUGUUACCUUGACUAACAAUAGUUAAGGAUAUAGCACCAAAUCACCACUUCCUCCUUGCUGUGGAUAAGCCACAGACAACUCUGAUUUUGGAAAACAUCCCUCUUUCCCAUUUACGGUUCAUUCCAAAUGAAAACUACAUUGCUUCUUGCCCCAUGUAAUUCAAUGUUUAAUAAAGAUGUGGAAUUCAAAUCAGAAGUUGCCCCUCAUGGAUGGACACCCCUGGACUCCAGUAGACCAAAGGCAGAAGGCCUUUUGCCCAGCAGAGGGUCCUGAUAACAGAAUGUGGGGUAAGAUAAUUCCACAGUAUUCUAUAGAGUGGUGACUGCCAUUAAGGCCAGUCACCUACUCCAUACUUAAAAUACCUUGAAAGGGGGAGACCCUCAAUAGGCUCUCAAUGACUAAACUUGACAAGACUGGUUCAGGACUUCUAUGACAUCUUGAGCUCAUCCCAGGGUGGCUAUUUAUAGCUGGGUAUUAUCAGUGUAUUGAUGAUACCUCACCCUGAAAAUAUUGGUAAGAAUGUAAGUAGUACCCUGCUGGAUCAGACCCUUGACCCAUCUAGUCCAGCAGUCUGUUCUUACAGUGACCAAUCAACUGCAUAAGGAAGCCCACUUGUUUCCCAGCAGAUGGCUUUCAGAGGCAGUCCCACUGCCAUCAAGGCUAAUGCCAUUGAUCCCAAUGACUUCCGUGAAUUGGUGUAACCCUUUCUGGAAGCCAGCCUGGCUGGCAGCCAGCACCACAGGAUGACCUCUUCCAGUGGUUUUAUGUAGAAGUUAAAUAACAUGGGGGAGAGCAUCCAAAUUCACGGAACUCCACAAUGGUAUUCCCAAGGGCUCAUGCUCUGCCCCACUAUGACCUCAAGUGGAACUGCUCAUUUAGGCAGGAAUGGAAUGACCACAGAAUAGUAGUCUUAAUUCCCAACCCCAGGAGGCAGUCCAGAGGGAUACAAUGGUCAAUGGGUACUGAAUGUUAACAGAGUCUAACUGGAUCAAGAGGGCCACAUUCCCCCAAACUAGUCCUUGACAAAGGUAUUACCAGAGCAAUCAAUGACAUUUCUGUCCCAUGAUCAGGCUUAAUAUUGACAGAAAACGAUCCAGAUAAUCCAUUUUCUCUAAGAACCUCUGUAUCUGAUUUGCCAAGACAUUCUCAACAGGUCUCUCUAAAAAGGGAAGGAUGGAAAUGUAAUAAAAUUUAUCAAACAAAGUUGGAUCCAGGGAAGGCAUCUCCAAAAAAGGGCACAUAAGGAAGGGAGCACUAUGCCUUCCUCCAGACAUUGAUUAUUUCCAGAUUUAGUUGCUCAUGGCCUGCCUAACCACCCAAAGAAACUGGAAGGGGCAUGAGUCAAGCCUGCAGAUGGCAGAAUUCAAAUUACAGAGAACUCCAUCCACUUUCUUGGGCUCAACUUCCGAAGAAUCCCAGAUUAUAACACAAGAUAUUGCCUCACUUAGCACACUGGAAUCUGUGCAACUGAUGACCUCCCCAGAGUGGAUACAAGUGACUUUAGCCACCAGGAAGCCCCCCAAAACUCUCCAGUAGCCUGAAGGCAUUUUAUCUUGCCUAUCUUUCCUCAGAGAGUCCACAUUACUCUGUAUUAGGCCACCAAGUAGGAGUCUGUGGCUGCAGUAAUCACAGAAAAUAACUGACAUUUCCCUGCUCUUAUCACUUCCAUGUGGACUUGGUGGUAUCCAUUUCUGGUUUUCCACUACUAUUGCUGUAGGUGUCUUUUCAUUCACUUAUUUUCUCUUAUCUUAGAAAAUCAAAGAAUCUCUUGGGUUCAGAGAGUUUAUUAAAACAAUCUCAUCCAGCACUCUUGGCUGCCUCUGUAUUCCAGAUUGACCAAGUGCAAGACUGAACUGUCAAAUUAGUAUGGAAAUCCACAAGGACCCUCUGUAAACCUGUGGAUCCAUUAGGAGCUUAAAGUAGUCCAAUCUAAUGGAUCCACUGCUCUUGCAAAGCCCAGAGCUUCCACAAUCUACAGUUGACAAGGAAGUGAUAUAACUACAGCAAAGGGCAAUUUCAUCAAUAAAGUCAAUGUUUUUGGAGUAGUUCUACUUAUAACAUUAAUUUUCCAGGUCCUUUUAAAAUGUUACGAUUAUAUUUGAAGCUAUAUUCUAUUCUUAACAUUGUUGUACUUUCAUUUUGUUAAUUAGUUCUACACAGUAAAUUUAUUUUCAAAAAGUCUCAAGUGAUAAUUUAAUGUUCGUAUAAAAUAGUAAUAUUUAGACAGAGUCUGACUCAUUUACUAAAUGGGCAUUUCACAUGCAAAUGACCAAUUAAUGAUACACUGGAAAAUUAUAAUCUCUAUAACAUUUGUAAAUCUCCUGUUUAUUAAUUUGUAUCCUACUUUUUUAUCCCUUUUGUUUAUUCUUUUUCCUUCCCUGUUUAUCAUAUUUCCUCUAGUCUAAUAAAAAAUAUUUGUUUAACAAACCAAAUAACUAGUUGACAAAAGUACGCUGUUUAUGUUGUUUUACAUAUUAUA